AUGAAUAACUCUCAAAAUUGUGCCGGCUGCAAAAACUCUAUAACGAAUAAAGACUUUCUACAAUGUAUGCAAUGCAAGGGGAAAUACGAUCUGGAUUGUGCAAACAUCAGCCCAAAGAACUUUCGUCAAAUGGAGCGAAAAAAAGAACAUUGGAAAUGCCCGGAAUGUCUAAGCAAACUACCAAAAAAAGGCAAUUCUAACACCCCUGUGCGAGGCACCACGGCAAUCUUAGAGGGAGGAACAAACCUACGAACGGAUUCAUCCACCGUGUCGCAUGUCCUCAAGAGUGGCAAUCCCAAUGUAACGGUCCGAUCCAAGGUGUUAAAUCCACCCCCACUCAGUGAGACGAGCAACCUAGUACAAGGCGUUGAGAACAUCACCAUCAACUCUUACGCGGAUAUUCUGAAUGACUUAAAAAUCUACAUGAAAAAUUUAUUACACGAUGAAAUGGACAGAGUACAAAAAGCUAUCGGUAGUCUUACAAAUACCAUUAAAGACCAAAACAGCCGGAUUGAGCAACUGGAAGCUAGAGUUUCGAUAUUGGAGAGUAAGUCGGAAACCAAGCCUGCCCAAACCCAUCCAAUUGAGCGCAUCGUAAUGCAGCUACAGGCUGAUAUUGCGGAAAGAGACCAAACCUUACUCUCUAACGACCUAGAAAUAGCUGGCUGUCCAGAAACACCCAAUGAAAACUGCACCCAUAUUAUUCUGACGGUCGCUAAGAAAAUUGGUAUGGAGUUGGACGAUAAAGACAUCGUAUCAGCAGAACGCGUGGGCCCACUUCGUCCGGCGAAACAGGACAGCACAACACCGCGCCCAAGACCUAUAGCCGUGCGCCUCGCACGCCGUGAUACACGGAACGGCCUGCUUCAAGCUGCGCGCUCCAGACGUAAUCUCAACAGCGAUGGCCUCGAAUUACCUGGAUCCACCAAACUGUUAUAUCUUAAUGAACGCUUGACAAGAUUUAACCGUCAACUCUUUCAAAAAGCACGCUCCCUUGCCCGCGAAGUACAAUUCAAAUAUGUAUGGGUACGGGAGGGAAAGAUAUUUGUGCGCAAGGAACAAGGGAAACCGCGGAUCCGGAUUAGAAAUGAAAUGGACUUAUCAAAGGUUUUUAACUAUAAUGACAGCUGA